AGCGCAAACUUCGGUUGGCAAAACGAGGCAUUACGUACGUACAUUACCCGAAGGCACGAGGUCUCCCACCCAGGAGAAGGUUCGCCGACAGCCCGUCAGGCGGAAAAGGCCAGCAUCGCUAAUGCGCUUCUACCUGGCACAGAGUCAAUGACGUCAUAGCGGGGUGUGACGCACGGAACUGGAACGUCUUUCAGCUGAGGAAGUUAAGGCUUAAGGCUUUAGAACGUCCAAUGUGUAAAAACAGUUAUACUCGCAUAUCACUUUGCUUGGACUCUACAGAAUGAGUCUGCGUAUACACUCACAUACCGUCUGACUUACGGUUUUCCAUGCAAGAAAUAUGAACUACCUUCAGGAAGGUUUAGCAUUCAGUUCUGAAACGAGACAAUUUUGAAAGUUUUUUCUUCGGAAUAUGUGAAACAACUUUAUUGCUUAUCGUCUAUAUGAAAUAGAUAAAUAAUAUUUAAUCUCAAAACGAGGCUUCUUCGUAUAAUACUAUAAAGCGCUUUGAUUUAUUUUACUGUGCAGUAAUUUCAAUUAAUAAAGAUUUAUUGGAACCAAUAAAGAAAUAUAAUUAUCGGCAACAUUAUUUAGAAGUCAUUCAGAUCAGUGAACUAUUUCUUACAGUGAAAAGGUACCCUUGAUAAGAGCAUUAAAUCAGUCAGUAUGAGUAGGCGAUUCGUAAUCUAGCAUCCAGUGAAAAGUGAGGUACUUUUGGGUUGCAGAAGUGGGAGGAGGGGUGUCCAAUACCCCUCCCAGAGGAUCACAAACGUAAUGUCUGGAUUGCCUAAACAUCUCCGGACUUCCUCGAAGUUAGUCAGUUGUUAGGUGGUGGCUAGGAAGGCGCCCUGCCUGUUUAAACGGUUUUAUUUGCGCCGCGUGCAGUUAGCGCGGGAAGAGUUUUUAUGUUUUUAAAAAAUGAAGCGCUAUCAAAUUGAUUCAAUCGUGAGAUGUUCGGUCCUCUCGCUCCUGCUCACCGGCUUGCUCAUCCAGGCGACUCCGCAAAGCUAUGAUUUGUUCCAGGGAUCCGCGUACGCCGGAGGUCAGAGGCACCGGAAUAAGAAUUGGUGCGCGCGUGUUGUGUACAAGAACGUGACCUGCUCGGUCCUGGGAAGCGCGGAGAGCUAUCUGGAGCCGGACCUCGCGCCCUGUCCACCGCAUGAGCCGGACUGCGCGCAACGCAUGACGUACCGGACCCAGUUCCGCCCCACGUACAGGAUCGCGUAUAAGACGGUCACUCAGCUGGAGUGGAGGUGCUGCCCCGGGUUCCAGGGACCAGACUGUGCCGAGCCAAAAGCCACCACGACCGGGCAGACAUGGCACAGGCCACGCCCCCACCCCCAGCCUCAGCCAAUCCCGGGACAGGUCCACCACAGACUGAGGCCCAGCGUGAGAGAGACUGCGCCCCUGGAGUGGGGGCAGGGAGGGGACAGGAUGCAGAGGCUAGAGGGGGAGAUGGACCGGCUGUCCCAGACGGUGCGGGACCUGCAGGCGGCCAUUACAGGCAUGAACGAGAACCUGCGGCUGGACCUCCAGGAGGACACCAGCAGGACGCUGCUGACGCUGCUCAACACCCUGCACCUGCCCGUCAGCGACCUCACCGCCGGGCCCACAGAGAGCGUGCAGCUGGUCAGCCACGCCCACCCGCCACAGGGACACGCCCACCCGCCACAGGGCCACGCCCCUUCAUCUGACAGCCACGCCCACCCGUCGCAGGGACACGCCCCUUCUCAAGGCCACACCCCAUUGUCAAAUGACCGCGCCUCAUCGUCAGGUGGACACGCCUCUUCCUCUCAGGGCCCCGCCCCUUCCUCUGUGGACCCCUUGCAUUCCUACAUUGAGAGCCGGUUCCAGGACCUGAGGGCAGAGCUUGUGGGGAGCAUGGAGGCCAAGAUGGAGGCCAAGAUGGCGGCGCUGGCGGAGUCGUGCGACGUGGGGCUGCGGUCGCUGCGGGAGGAGUGCGAGCAGCAGGGCGUGGGCUUCCAGAGCCUGGCCCAGCAGCUGGACCGCAAGGAGGCGGGGCUUAGGGACGAGAUCCGCGAGCUCCGCCUCCACCUGGAGCCGGCGGACGGGGCGGUGCGGACGCUGCGGGGGGCCGACGACGUGGCCGACCUGCGGCGGGAGGUGGGGCGCCUGGCCGACGCCCACCGCGCCCUCAACGCCCGCGUGGACAACGAGCUGGCGCACGUGUCGGCGCUGAGCAUCGAGGAGGUGUUCGGCCCCCGCCUGGAGGAGCUGGAGGGGCGCAUGAACGUGACCGAGCACAACGCCGAGACGCUCUGCUUCUACGUGGACGAGAAGCUGAGCCGCCGCAUCGCCAACGAGACGGACGUGCUGCGCACGCUGCUGGAGGAGCGGCUGGGCGCCAGCGAGGACCAGUUCACCACCAUGCUGGUGGAGAUCGCCAGCGGCAACGGCUCCUUCCCCGCCGAGGGCGGCGAGGAGGCGCUGCGGGAGGCGCGGUCCCACGGCCGGCAGAUCCAGGGCCUGGAGGAGAAGCUCAACGCCCUGGGGCGGCAGUGCUCGGCGGGGUGCGGUGCGGGCGGCCCGGGCGGGUCCGACGACGUCCUGAGGGAGGUGCGGCUCCUGGGGGGCGAGCUGGACACGGUGCGCGCCGACAUCAACGGGGACGGCGAGAAGCUGCGCGAGCUGGAGAGCCUGGUGCAGCGGCAGCUCCUGAUUGGCCAGCACAACAGCAGGAACCUGGCCGACCAGCAGGCGGGGCUGCUGGCCCUGCGGGGCGACGUCGGGGCGCUGAGGGGCUCCCUGGACAGUUUGGGGGAGUCCCUGACCAAGCAGGCGGAGGAGCUCCAGCACCUCAACUGCACCUGCGGCCAGGCAGGCGGGGCCUGCCCGCCGGGCGAGCGGGAGGCUCCGCCCACCAACGGCAGCCAGGUGGAGGAGCUGAGGGUGCGGCUGGACCGGCUGAGCCAGGAGGUGCGCGCGGAGCUGGCCCGGCGGCGGGCCGACGCCACGGCGCCCGGCGGCGGUAACGCGGGCGUCGUCGGGGGCGACGGCGACGUGUCCGACAGCCUCCACCGCGUGGCUGAGACGCUGAACCGCCACGCCGCCAGCGUCUGGGCCCGGGUCCAGCAGCUGCAGGCCGCCCAGCGCACCCAGGCCCAGGACCUCAGGACCCUGGCCACCUCCCUCCACCACCUGCAGGCGCGGGUCAGCGGGGCCGCCCGGACCAAUCCCGGCUCGGCCGCAGCCUCUCCCGACCAACCGGUUGUCCAUGGAGUAAAGGAACCCUCAGUCCCAGCAGUGGAAACCAGGCCGGCCCCCCCAGCAGCCCCCAGACCAGGGAGCCCCGUCAUCCCUCACAUUCGAAUCCCGCUGAUCAUCCCCCACAGGACCCCCCCGGCGUCCCAUGUGCCCCUCCCUGCCCCCCACCAUCCCUCCAGACCCAUGCAGCCCUCCACCCCCCAACGCCCCGUUGUGGAGACGGGCGAGGCGGGGCCCCCCGGCACCGCCCCCAGGCUGGCGGUCAGGAGGGUGUCCUACACACCGGAAGAGCGGAGCGAGCCCAUGCAGGGGUACGCUGGAGCCCCAGGUUAUCCACCUCUUAGUUCAGCAUCGCUUCGGCCCGACAUCAUUCCAGUUGCCUUUGUUCCUCGGAAGCAAGGCGACAGGCCUCUUGUGAUGCCAGUGUCAGCAGGGGGCAGCGUUGUCUCAGAGCCCUUCUCCUUCUCAGCCGGCCUGACCACUGUGCCUCUGCCCUGGCACAUGGGGGUCAUCCGCUUCGACAAAGUGCUGGUGAACGACGGAGGACAUUACAGCCCCCGAACAGGGAUCUUCACCGUGCCGCAGGACGGUCGUUACCUGGUCAGCGCGGUCCUGCAGGGUGAGCGUGUGGAGGGGGCGCUCUCCGUGUCCGACCGCAGCGUGCAGCGACUGACGAGCGGCGGGUACGCCCGCGAGCCCCGCCCCCGCGAGCCCCGCCCCUGCCCGUGUGGAGGCUCCGCCUCCGUCAGUCUCAUCCUCCAGCUGCACCGCGGCGACCGGGUCGCGGUCGUCAGGACGGCGGGAAGCCUGGCCGUCUCCGAGCCCAAGGAGGUCCUCUCCACCUUCAGCGCCCUCUUCCUGUACUCCGCCCCCGGCAGCAGAUAGCCCCGCCCACUCGCCUGGUCCCACCCACUCGCCUGGCGGCAGAUAGCCCCGCCCACUCGCCCGGCAGCAGAUAGCCCCGCCCACUUGCCUGGCCCCACCCACUCGCCUGGCGGCAGAUAGCCCCGCCCACUCGCCUGGCCCCACCCACUCGCCCAGCAACAGAUAGCCCCGCCCACUCACCUUGCCCCGCCCACUCGCCCAGCAACAGAUAGCCCCGCCCACUCACCUUGCCCCACCCACUCGCCUAGCAACAGAUAGCCCCUGCCCACUCACCUGCCCCGCCCACUCGCCUGGUAACCGCGCUCAAGGGGACACUGCAGUCAAAGCCCAUAGGGGUUUAGGGUUUAACGGUUCUUGAAAAUGAUUCUGAAGGGUUGUUUUUGCUUCUUCCUUUUUUUGGGACAGCAUUUAAUUUAUUUAAGCUCAAAAAAAGGAUGUGUAAGCUAUGGCACCAAGCAGAACUUGCCUUCGAUGAUCUGUUUUGCUCUUUUUUAAAAGCAUCGACUGCGUGAGGUGGCAAUGAAGCUAUUUUUGGGAUAUAGAUAUGAUCAUUAUAUUUCCUCUCAGCAUAUGUCUACUUUUUGAAGAAACAAAACAACUUAUUUUCCAAAUGUAAAAAAGGAAUUUUAUAUUUUUUGAAUGUAAAGACAUGUUGACAUAUUUUUGUGUUUAUGAACCUAUAUAAAUACUGAUAUUUUUAGAUGCUUUUACAGCCAUUCUUGUGUCAAUGAAAUUUAGACUUCAAAAAUCGUCUCCGAGGUCUUUGUCUGUGAAGCCAAAAUCAACUUUUGAAAGAGGUUCAAUUUUGUGUUGAUUAAAUGAUGGAACU